AUGACAUGUCAAACGGGGAGAAAAUGUUCACUUGGAAUAGAAGAACCUAUUGAUAUCUCCUCCAAAAACGUGCCACUUAAUGCGUUUUUAAUUUACACCAUGUCAAGCACUCUACCAGAUCACAAUUCGACUAAUUCAUGGAAUGAAUAUCACAACAAUUUAUCCAUAACAAAUAACACUCAGGUAACGACAAGUUGUGCUGAUAAUGUGAAAACAACUAGCAAUGUCCCUCGAUGUGCAACUGAUAUUAAUUCCAAAAUGACAACUUCUGAAUUCGAAACUUUACAUAGAUGCCGGUUUUCAGUGUGUGAUUUAAAUAAUUUGGAGAAUUAUCUAUAUCAAUCAGAAAGAGAGGAAUGCAGCAGAGUAAUAGAACAACUAGAAACACACAACGGCAAAAGUAUUAGCACUUGUUGCAAUUCAAAUACGGAUAUUAAUGCUCAAUGUAAUCAAAUGAAAAAUCAUAAAAGACGGAAAUCGAUUGCAUUGAAAUUUAAGAAACCUCAAACAUUAUUAUGA